GUGCGCUAUGGUUCGCCAUUUUAAAAAACUUAUCGGUCGGUCUGAAAGAAGUAAAGUUUCGGUGAAUGAUUUGUAGUGAAAUUUUCGCGAUUCUUGCGCCGGAUAUGUGACGCAUACGGGUAACCAGUGAUUCGCGAGUCUUUGGAUAUUAAAAGGUUUCUGUGAUGAGAUGUAGUUCAUUGUGGUUAAUCGAAAAACACUGCCAAAACUAGGCAGUGAAAAAUUGUGUUGAAUUUUCUCUGGCUGGGCUGUUCCUUGCAGCACCUAGUAUCGUCAGAAAGGAUUACAUUGCUGAGCUGUGCAAAAGCGUAAUCCAGAACGCGGUUAAUAUACGGAUUAUUAGUGUUCGGUUCCUCGGCAUGUAGCAAAGGAGUGGAAUAAAUAUGAAUAAUUAAUGCACAUGAAAGUGUUCCCUCUCUGUGUUUCUAUCUGGUUUCUUUUGGACGACCUUCUGGAAAAAGAAAAGGGUGAUUAUUUCCCCAAAACAAAGUCACAAUAAAAGUUUGAUAAAGCUGUAAACAAUAACAGCAUUGUUUGUAAUACACUGUGCACCAAUGGCUUCGGUUGGGUAGAAAGUUUAAUAUUGAAGAGAAAGCAAUUAAUCGUGCCUCGAAGUAGAAUAGAACACUUAGCAAGAGGCCUGUGAACUGUACAGUGCCAUUCCCGCUGGCAAACAAGGCAGCUACGAUUCAGCCACAGCGUGUUUCCAAUUCCUCACUACAGUGGAUUCCAAAAGCAACCUGGGUCUUACCCAGGAUUUCGAGAGGAUGGUGGGAUUAUCAGGCGGUGCUCAUCUGUACGCAGCCGGACUUCCUCCUGCACAGGAAAUCGUCCGAGACAUGGCAACCAUGCCCAGCGCUGCUCCAACGAGUGCCGACGCCUGUCUUAGCAUUGUCCACUCGUUGAUGUGCCACCGACAAGGUGGCGAAAGUGAAGGAUUUGCCAAACGAGCGAUUGAAUCUCUGGUGAAGAAGUUGAAGGAGAAACGGGACGAGCUGGAUUCACUCAUCACGGCCAUCACAACGAAUGGAGCUCAUCCGAGUAAAUGUGUAACGAUUCAGAGAACACUUGACGGUCGUUUGCAGGUUGCUGGGCGAAAAGGAUUUCCACAUGUUAUCUAUGCCCGUAUUUGGCGCUGGCCGGAUUUACACAAAAACGAGUUAAAGCACGUCAAGUACUGUCAGUUUGCGUUCGAUCUCAAAUGUGAUUCAGUAUGUGUCAACCCGUAUCAUUACGAACGAGUGGUAUCGCCUGGAAUCGAUCUCUCCGGAUUGACACUUCAGGCAGGACCGAAUCGAUUAAUCAAAGACGAGUAUACGCCCGGAUCGGUUGUCUCUGGAUCAAUGGAUAUUGAUGGAAAUGAGAUUGGAACGAUUCAGCAUCACCCGUCAAUGGUUCCUGGCUCAGGUUAUGGCGCCAUGGGACUUCAUCAAUCAGUACCAGACCCAUCGCAAAUGGGGGGUAUGUUUCCUCCACCUCCUGGAAGCGGCCCACGACCCAUUCCAAAACUGGAACCACCCGAGCAAUCUCGAAAUAGCAACGGCAGUUGGAUAAGCAAUCAAAGCUCAUCCUCUUCGUCAGCUGCUAGCUCCACUCCACAUAAUCGUCUUUCAUCAUCACUGCCGCAUUCCUCUGUUUUAGGUAAUCCAGUUGGACUACCAAGCAGUGGAGGGUUGCGUCCCCCACAACCUCCUCAGACGCAAGGACCUCAAGGUCCAGUGCAAUCGAAUUCCCAAAUGACAAACGGCGGCAAUGGACUAAUCGGUAGUUCAUCACAGCCUAAUCUAUUGAAUGCGGACGGUCAGGGACAGUACUACACCAGUAGUACAGUCGACCCAACCGCACUUUCCGGUGAUCCUCAAUUAGCACAGAAUCUGGGUGUCCAAGGUUCAAUUUCUGCAACAUCACCAGUAUCACCUCACCUGCAACAAAAUGGCUAUGUCCAAACCGCCAGUAAUCAACAGCAGCAGCAACAACAGCAAUCACAGCAGCAGCAUGCGUCUUCAGGCCAAGCACAGUAUGGUCAGCAUCAAGCUGGAGCUGCCACAUGGUCAGGCUCAAACACUUUGACCUACACGCAAUCCAUUCAACCUCCUGCUCCAGAUCCACGGUCUCAUGGCGGUCACCAACAGUACUGGCAGCAUGGAGGGGGUUCAGGUAGUGGCAACGCCAAUUCCGGUCAAAUGCAGGAAAUUCCUGGACAACCGCGGCUUCUUUCCCGACAACCGGCUCCGGAAUACUGGUGCUCGGUUGCGUAUUUUGAGCUCGAUACCCAAGUUGGUGAAAUGUUCAAAGUGCCGUCCAAUCGUCCUAAUGUCACUGUCGAUGGAUAUGUUGACCCGUCCGGUGGUAACCGGUUCUGUUUGGGAGCUCUCAGCAACGUGCAUCGAACGGAGCAAAGCGAGAAGGCGAGAUUACACAUUGGCAAAGGUGUGCAACUCGACCUGCGAGGUGAAGGAGACGUCUGGCUACGGUGUCUCAGUGACCACUCAGUAUUUGUCCAGAGUUACUACCUGGAUCGUGAGGCUGGCCGCACACCUGGUGAUGCAGUGCAUAAGAUUUACCCAGCUGCUUGUAUAAAAGUUUUCGACCUGCGCCAAUGUCAUUUACAAAUGCAGUCUCUGGCAACGAGUGCCCAAAAGGCAGCUCAGAUGCAAGCAGCGGCUGUGGCUGGCGUCUCAGGCUUAGCUGUUGGUGCCCCAAGGAAUUUAUCUGCCGCAGCCGGAAUUGGGGUGGACGAUUUACGACGGCUCUGCAUUUUGCGACUAUCGUUCGUGAAAGGCUGGGGCCCCGACUAUCCCCGGCAGUCUAUUAAGGAAACCCCGUGCUGGGUGGAAGUGCACCUACACCGAGCUUUGCAGCUUCUGGACGAAGUAUUGCAUCAGAUGCCGAUUGAUGGUCCACGGGCCGUCGAGUAAGUUUUUGGUUAUACCAUUUUUGUGCAGUAUGGGAUAUUUAUUUUUAGUUACUGAUAGAACUUCAGAUAAAAAACACACCCAAUUGGUGUGGAAGAUAGUUUAUAAGAUAAAAUACGCGUAGAUUGAAAAUUCUUUGCAUGCGCGAAGUUUGAAUUCACAUUUUUCUAUCCAUGGAAGGCAUGUAAAAGUCUGUAUGUAUUCCAACUUCCAUAGAUGAAAACUCGACGAAGACGUUGCAAUACAUUUUAUCACCCAAACAGUAAGUUCCACUACUGGAAUGAUAUUGUACUAGCAAUGAGUGUUUCGCGUUGGUUUUCAUCUGCUUCGGAUAGCAAACGUGAGAAACGUGUGAUUUUGUUAGUGAGAAAUAUAAGAUCAAACAUGUAUACUUGGCCGAUACCUAAAAUAUAACAAACUAUUUAUACACAGUCUAAUCUACAAAUUUGCGAUCAUGAAAAAAAAAAUCAAGCAUAAAAGUGAUUCAAUCGUUGAUGCGUUACAUUUUCAACAAUAUAUUUGAACAAUAAUAGACGAAACAAAAUAACUGAAGAAUGAAAACAAAGUAAAUUAAGAAUGACAACCAACAAAAUGCUCUACCUCUAACGUAAAAAUGAAUUCAACUGAAACACUCACUAAAUAUACAAAAAAUACACAGUCGUAACAAAGGACCUUUACUAAUAAAUCUUACGGCGAAGUAAGCAUAAAGUUCACAUAGCUACUCAUUUAGAGUGUAUUUCAAUAGGGCUGAAUCUGGAUUCAAAUAGUUAUUGCAAAAAUACGCAAGUUAAAACGUUUAAUGUAUCUCAGAAUUCAAAAUUGAUUGUUAGAAUGAACGGUACCUUACAUAAAGCAACAUGCUCCAUAUUUUUAUGUACUCCUUAUUAACAGAAUAUCUUAAAUUACUAAGAUUUUUUCUAAUAUAUCUAAACUAUCCAUUGUGGCAUGUAUUGGAGACCGUUUAAAAUGGAACUAACAUGCGAUUGGAAUCAGUAAAGGUACAAGUGCAAAGAUUUGUUUUAUGCUAAUUGUGAGAAACUUUUCAAAGAAAACUGUAUUUUCGUUAUAACAAUUAAAAUGUAUCGAUUUUCGGUUCAUGAGUCAAACAAGAACAUUAAAAUAAAACAGACAAACCACAAGUGCAAUGAAUCAAUGUUACAAAAAUAAAAUAGCCGGAAAGAGUUAUAUCCUCUUAUAAUUAUGGCAAUCCGUUAGUUAGGUUCAGAAUAUACGUUUUGCUUUUUCCUAAAGAUAGGUGUCCAAAAGUGUUUGAAGUGCAAUGACAGAACAAUUCUAUUUGUUUUUUCUAGUAGCAGAACCAUUAGAUUUUAUCUCCGCCACGUUUUUACUCUCACUGACCUUUAGAUCUAACCAUGGAAAGUUAUCGUACAAACCACAUUUUGUAAAGAACUCUACUUCGUUCUACACGGUCUUUUUUAAUAUAUCAAGGAAUAAACCCUUUGAAAUUCAGUUUAAUUUUUACCUCCCUUUCAGUUUACUAUAAGAUGUUUUGAAUAUUCUUUGACAAGUAUAUGUUAUAUAUUCAGGCCCUCACUCUCAUCAUAUCAUUUAUCAAUUCGUGACAGCGAAAGUAAGUCAGUGACAUAGUAGAAUUUUCGUCCUUCAAUAAUAAUUUAAAUAAUUAAUAAUAAUCAUGCACAUUGAUUCUUUCCUUUUUACCGAAAAGUUCAUCACACCAAUACAUUAAAUACCUAGUUAUUUCCCGAAAUUGAUGCAUUUUUGGACAAACGAGACGUGAUAUUUCGAAAUUUAUGUAAUAAAUUCAAAAAUCUGUUCGAUGAACAAUGCUUUAAAAAGUAGUUUUGUUGCAGUGAAUGUUUAUAUUUGUAUAAAAACGUUUCUAUUAGAGUAGUUUUGAUAGAUAAGAUUCGAUUUAAAAGCGAAAUUGAAAACGUUUUUUAUUCUCAAGCUACUGUUUUUUUAACUUAAACUUAUGAAUGUCUGGUAAAGUGAUGUCUCUAUAUACUUUACUAUCAGGAGUAAGUGUAUUUCACAUUCAAGCAGAAAACCAUACAAAUAAUAAUAGAAGGCAUAAGUUGCACAAAUACGUUUGUAUAUGAGUUUCAGAAUAAAGUGAAUGAAACAUAAAUUGCAUCUAUUUUUAAAAA